AUGAUAGGAAAUCCAAUUGAAAGCCUGACCAUUGCACAGAUGAAGGAGGAGCUGCGAAUGCUCUACGGCGUCAGAGACGUAUCGGACGUUGUGGAAUUGAAGGAUCUACAGGCCAAGCUUCUCUCAACACGCAACACGCAGCUCAUCACGCAUGGUCUGCGAUACGGACCACUGAUGCAGGUUGGCAACCAGAAGAACCCAACCGGUGUUGUGACGCUCUCGCAUGGAUUGGGUGAUUCGGCGCAAGGCUGGGAAAGUGUCGCGCGUGAACUCGCGGGUUUCCUGCCGCAUCUUCUGUUUCUUCUUCCCACAGCUCCGGUUCGGCCAGUGACCAUCAACGGCGGCAUGUCGAUGAAUGCAUGGUACGACAUAAAGGACCUCGGUGCCGCAUUGGAAAAAUCGCGUCAAGAUGGGGAGACAGUGAUGAUCUCCGCUGACUACCUCAAGAGUCUGGCGUACACCGCGACGCAGCGCUACCGCAUUCCGAGCAAUCGCGUCGUGUAUGCGGGUUUCUCGCAGGGCGCCGCCAUCUCUCUCGCGGCAGGGAUCACUUCACGCAUUGCACCGGCUGGUGUGGCGGUGCUUUCUGGUUACCUUGCGGGCGGCAGCGCGGUAAUGAAUCGUCUGUGCAACAAAGGUGUUCCUAUUCUCAUGUGUCACGGUUUACAGGACGACGUUGUGCCCUUUGAAGCUGCACGGAUGACAAAGAAGGAGCUGGAGUCGGUUGGUGUAAGAUCAAUCACGCUGAAGUCGUACUUGAUGGCGCACUCUGCACACCCUGACGAGAUCCAAGACCUUGCGAGUUUUUUGAAACGUGUCUUGCCGGCGACUACGUCUGGAGAAUGA